GUGGGCUGGCGUGCGUGUGUACUGUAUGUAUGUAAGCGAUAAGCGUGUAUUGAUAGUAGUUGGCCAACUCCCUUACAUUCCCUUUUUAGUUGUGAUAUAUUUCAAGGAUUCAGACGAAUUUCCCAUCGCGAUGUAUCAGGUUGUACCAGGGCAGUUUGAUGACGCUAACGAAACGGGAAGUGAGUCUGAAAUCAGCCGCGUCCCUGACAAGCCCUCGCUGGAGAACCGACUCGAUGAAGUUACUUUACAAUCCUUUAACAAUGACACGCAAGGUGAAAAUGAGGAGGAAUACGACUAUGAUGAUGAUGAUGAUGAUGAAGAGGACGAUGAAUGGGAUUGGAAUGAUUCAGGAGGAAGAGACUUUACAAAGCGCUACACUGCAAUGAGAACUGGGAAUAAUCCACAAGCUAACCGUCAAAGUUCUAAUAACAAGUCCAUUAAAAUGUCCACUCCAUCAGACAAGGUCUUGAGGAAAUAUGAAAACAAAAUAAACCUCGAUAAACUCAGCUAUGCUGAUUCUGUGAUCAAUAAAGUCACUUUGAUGCAAAAGCAGAGAGAAGCAGACACGUUUCGAGUAAAGGACAAAUCAGACAGAGCUACGGUUGAACAGGUUUUGGACCCCCGUACACGUAUGAUUCUGUUCAAAAUGCUCAGCAGAGGUGUCAUUUCAGAGAUCAAUGGCUGUAUCAGCACAGGCAAAGAGGCAAAUGUCUAUCAUGCAACUACUGUUAAAGGAGAAAGCAGAGCCAUUAAAAUAUACAAAACGUCAAUUCUGCUAUUCAAAGACAGAGAUAAAUAUGUCAGCGGGGAGUUCAGGUUCCGCCAUGGCUAUUGCAAGGGCAAUCCUAGAAAAAUGGUGCGCACUUGGGCCGAGAAGGAAAUGAGAAACUUGAUCAGACUACAGACUGCACAGAUUCCAAGUCCAGAGCCCAUCAUGUUGCGGAGCCACGUCCUCGUCAUGAGCUUCAUCGGUCGAGAUGACAUGCCUGCCCCUCUACUGAAGAAUGCUGUCCUUUCUGAAUCCAAAGCCCGGGAACUCUACCUGCAGAUCAUCCAGGACAUGAGAAUAAUGUACAAUGAAGCUCAUCUGGUCCACGCUGACCUUAGCGAGUUCAAUAUUCUGUAUCAUAACGGAGAUGCUUACAUUAUCGACGUCUCUCAGUCUGUUGAGCACGAUCACCCUCAUGCUCUAGAGUUUCUUCGCAAAGAUUGCAGCAACGUCAACGACUUUUUCCAAAAACAUAAUGUAGCAGUUAUGACUGUACGUGAGCUGUUUGAGUUUGUCACGGACCCCUCCAUCACAAGUGACAACAUUAAUCAGUACUUGGACAAGGCCAUGGAGAUAGCGUCUGAAAGAACUGCAGAGGAAAGAUCCAAUCAGGACAAAGUUCAUGAGGAGGUGUUUAAGAGAGCCUAUAUUCCACGCACACUUAAUGAAGUCACCCAUUAUGAGAGGGAUGUGGACACAAUGUUGAGGAAAAAGGAGGAGCAUUCUUCUGAAGAUACACGCUCUGAAAAUAUCCUAUACCAGACAGUGACAGGCCUCAGGAAGGACCUUUCUGGUGUGCAAAAGGUACCGUCAAUACUGGAAGACUCCACAAAAGAUGAUGGCUCAAGCUCUGAGGAAGAGGAGGAGGAGGAAGAUGAAGAGGACAAAUCAGAAGGGGAAGAGACUCAGGAGGUUGGCAACCUCAGUGAGGAAGCACAACUGGACAGAAAGGAAAGAAAGAAAUUGGUUAAAGAAGCUCAGAGGGAGAAAAGAAAAACUAAAGUUCCAAAGCAUUUGAAAAAGCGCAAGGAGAAGGCUGUCAAAAAGAAGAAAUGAAAAUGAAUGCGGUUCGAAUGAAGGUGAACUGAGGUUACAGCAGAAAUGCUACAUGGCUAAUGGUACCAGUAUUGAAGCUGGGAACUCUACUGAAGAAAUGCCAGUCCUUUUACAAUUAUAAACAUCUGUUGUCAGCGUUAUGUAAAUGUUUUUGAAACGUUUAUUAAGAGUAUUCUUUUUAAUAAACUUAUAUUUUCUCUGAUCAUA